GCAAGUCCCACGGUCCCGCACCGUUGUCUACCGUCCCCAGCCACAACCAUGGUCAACUGGACCUCUGAGGAGAAACAUGCUAUUGUGUCCAUCUGGGGAAAGGUGGACAUCGAGGAGACCGGGGCCAAUGCCCUCAGCAGGCUGCUGGUCGUGUACCCCUGGACGCAGAGGUAUUUCAGCGCCUUUGGGAACCUGUCCAGCCCCACGGCCAUCGUGGGCAACCCCCGGGUCCGUGCCCACGGGAAGAAGGUGCUCACUUCGUUCGGGGAGGCCGUCAAGGACCUCGACCACGUGAAGAGCAACUUUGCCAAGCUCAGCCAGCUGCACUCCGAGAAGCUGCACGUGGACCCCGAGAAUUUCAGGCUCCUGGGCGACAACCUCAUCAUAGUCUUGGCAGCCACGCUGGGCAAGGACUUCACCCCCGAAGCCCAGGCUGCCUGGCAGAAGCUGGUGGGCGUCGUGGCCUCGGCCCUGAGCAGCCAGUACCACUGAGAUCCCUGGCACCGGUCGGGGUUGGGGCAUAAGCGCUUAGUACAGUGCUUUGCAUACAGAGAGCGCUCAAUAAAUAGGAUUAAGUGAAUGAAUGCAUCUGGCCCUCGGGCCUGGACGCCGGCGCGCCCUCUGCUGUUGAACGAGUGAAUAAAGUUUGAUUUUUUUUCCCA